AUGGGUCUCGCAACUGCGAAACUCCUGUCCUCUCGCGGUGCAACAAUAUCCCUGGCGGAUAUCAACCAAGAUGCAAUGCGUGCUGCCGUGCAAAGUUUAUCGGAGUCUUCUAAACACAUGUGGACCGUGGUAGAUGUUCGAGAUCCCAGCUCAGUGGGCUCUUGGGUCACUGCCACCAAGAAGAAGUAUGGUCGAGUCGAUGGUGCAGUGAAUAUGGCUGGUAUUAUCUGCCAGACCAGCCCGGUCGCCGAGCUCUCGGACGAUGACUGGGACCGAUCUUUCGCAGUGAACACUAAGGGCGUGUUCAACUGCAUUCGUGCGCAGCUCAAUGCUAUGGGCCCUGGUGGCAGCAUCGUUUCUGCAGCCAGCGUGUUCGGACAGUUUGGCGCACCGGGCAAUGCGGCAUACUGUGCAACGAAGGCUGCUGUGAUCUCUUUGACACGCACAGCUGCGAAGGAAAACCAACAUAUCAGAGUCAACUGUGUUUCUCCUGGUGAGCAAGGCCCGAAGUAG